CGCGCGGCGGAACUGUCGCCCUUUGCUUCCGCGGCGGGGCCGGAAGUAGAAGCGGCGGUGGCGGCGGCCCGAAGCGGAGUGAGGGAGGCAGGCAGGGAGUCGGAGAUCCGGAGCCGGAGUCGCAGCGGCGGAGACCCCUGUGCGGCGCGGAGGGGGCGGAGGCCCCGGCUCUGACCCGCGCCGUGGGGGGGGUGGGCCAUGGCGGAGAUCAGCGACCUGGACCGGCAGAUCGAGCAGCUGCGACGCUGCGAGCUCAUCAAGGAGAGCGAAGUCAAGGCCCUGUGCGCCAAGGCCAGGGAGAUCCUGGUGGAGGAGAGCAAUGUGCAGAGGGUGGACUCGCCGGUCACAGUGUGUGGCGACAUCCAUGGACAAUUCUAUGACCUCAAGGAGCUGUUCAGAGUGGGGGGUGACGUCCCUGAGACCAACUACCUCUUCAUGGGGGACUUUGUGGAUCGAGGUUUCUACAGUGUUGAAACGUUCCUCCUGUUGCUGGCACUGAAGGUCCGCUAUCCCGACCGCAUCACCCUGAUCCGGGGCAACCACGAGAGCCGCCAGAUCACCCAGGUCUACGGCUUCUAUGACGAGUGUCUGCGCAAGUAUGGCUCGGUGACCGUGUGGCGCUACUGCACUGAGAUCUUUGACUACCUCAGCCUGUCGGCUAUCAUUGACGGCAAGAUCUUCUGCGUGCACGGGGGCCUCUCGCCCUCCAUUCAGACCCUGGACCAGAUUCGGACAAUUGACCGUAAGCAGGAGGUGCCGCACGACGGGCCCAUGUGUGACCUGCUGUGGUCCGACCCAGAAGACACCACAGGCUGGGGCGUGAGCCCGCGGGGGGCCGGCUACCUAUUCGGGAGCGAUGUGGUGGCUCAGUUCAAUGCAGCCAACGACAUUGAUAUGAUCUGCCGUGCCCACCAGCUGGUGAUGGAAGGGUACAAGUGGCACUUCAAUGAGACAGUGCUCACUGUGUGGUCAGCGCCUAACUACUGCUACCGCUGUGGGAAUGUGGCCGCCAUCUUGGAGCUGGACGAGCAUCUUCAGAAAGAUUUCAUCAUCUUCGAGGCUGCUCCCCAAGAAACACGGGGUAUCCCCUCCAAGAAGCCUGUGGCCGACUAUUUCCUGUGACCCCUUCGGCCCUGCCCCCUCCAGCCCCGCCGGCCCUUGGACCACUGUGACUGCUCUUCUCCACACGGAGGCUGGGCCUGGGGGGGGCGGGGGGGCGAGGGUGAGGACUUGCUCAGAGAGGUUCGGAGCCCCGCUCCGUGUCCCUCCUCUCCUUUCUCCCCACUUGAACCAUGAAGUUUCCAAUAAUUUUUUUUUUCUUUUUCUCUUUUUUUUUGGUUGUUUUUAGAUAAAAUUUUGAGAAAAAAAAAGAAAAAAUUCUAAUAAAAGAAGAAAAAUGGUG